AUGAGUAGAAGCGGGCAUGCAUCUGGCGGGGGAAAGUCGGCAUACAGAUUAGAAAAUGUUUCGAACGUUAGGAUGACGUAUCAGAAGAGGACGGAAACAGCUUCUAUGGCUACCGAAGUGCCCAUACUGUGGUGGUGGAGGUGGUGCAGCGGCGUAUUGUGGUCCGGCUCCCUGGCUGAAAGUCACAAAAUGUUAUUUCUCAAUACACAUAAAUCAAAAAUACCAUGGGUUGGAGCAUCCUGGCUGAGCUGGUGGGCAGCAUUGGCCACCACCUCCUCCUCCGAUGCAGGCGGAUGCAGAAGCAACGAGAGCAGCGACGAAGGCAGCAGCAGAGAAGAAUUUCAUGGAGAACUUGAACUUGCUAUGUCGACGUGUGUAGUCUUCUCAUUACGUAACGUCUUACCGCAUGGUUUCCCUGCCGAUUACGCAAGCGACAGGUUUUGGAAAACGAGGAGAUGUCAAAUUUAUAUUAAAUGA